CAACCGGAGAACAUGAUGCCUCUUUGCAAGUCAACUCGUGUGUUGUGUAGCUGAUAGCGGCGCCUCCAGCUGAAAUAUUAUAGCUCCAUUGUACAGGAGAACGUGGCGUGACAGCCGUCUGGCUCAGCAAAUGGCCUGCCUCGCACCGCCGCACUGACGGAGAGUGUCGCUACAUCGGCGUUCAAGCUGGCAGGGCGACACAGACAGAAAUCAACUUUGUCUAUUUUUAAUGGACAUGUUUGGAGCGGCAGCGGCGGCGGCGGCAGCAGCAGCAGCGGGCGGUUCGCCUUUCUUUCGUCUUUAGCUGCUGAAGCAAACCCGUGUGGGUCCCUCGUGCGUCUCUGGCUCCCCCCCCGACUCUUUCAGUCCCAUUUAGAACAGCAUGGUCAUGGCUGACGGUGUCCAAAAGCCGCUGACCCGGGGUCCGGUCCGAGUGGGCUUCUACGACAUCGAACGCACUUUAGGAAAGGGCAAUUUCGCCGUGGUGAAAUUGGCUAGACACCGAAUAACCAAGACCGAGGUGGCCAUUAAGAUCAUUGACAAGACCCAACUAGACGCUGUAAACCUGGAGAAGAUCUACAGGGAAGUUCAAAUCAUGAAGAUGUUGGACCACCCUCACAUCAUUAAGCUUUACCAGGUGAUGGAAACAAAGAACAUGCUUUACUUAGUCACGGAGUAUGCCAAGAGCGGGGAGAUCUUCGACUAUCUGGCAAAGCAUGGGCGUCUCAGUGAGCUGGAGGCCAGGAGGAAGUUUUGGCAGAUUCUGUCUGCAGUCGAGUACUGUCACAACCGGAACAUUGUCCACAGAGACCUGAAGGCUGAAAAUUUGCUGUUGGACGGUCACAUGAACAUCAAGAUUGCAGAUUUUGGAUUUGGAAACUUCUUUAAACAAGGAGAGCCUUUGGCUACAUGGUGUGGCAGCCCGCCAUACGCUGCUCCAGAGGUCUUUGAAGGACAACAGUAUGAGGGCCCACAGCUGGACAUCUGGAGUAUGGGGGUGGUGCUUUAUGUGCUGGUGUGCGGGGCGUUGCCCUUUGACGGGCCCAGUCUGCCUGUCCUCCGACAGAGAGUCCUAGAAGGAAGGUUCCGCAUCCCAUACUUCAUGACUGAAGACUGUGAACACUUGAUCCGCAGGAUGUUGGUCCUGGACCCGUCCAAACGCCUGUCCUUGGCACAGAUUAAGGAGCACAAAUGGAUGGCUUUGGACGUCCCAGCACAGAGGCCCGUCCUGUACCAACAGCCACUGUCAGCUGAGGGUGAGAUGGGUGUAGGAGAAUACAGCGAACAGGUCCUUCGCCUGAUGCACAGCCUUGGCAUCGACCAACAAAAGACUAUAGAGUCUCUUCAGAAUAAAAGCUACAACCACUUCGCUGCGAUCUACUACCUGCUGGUCGAGCGGCUGAAGGCCCAUCGAUGCAGCUUCCCUGUGGAACAAAGGCUCGACGCCCGCCAGCGGCGCCCCAGCACCAUCGCUGAGCAGACGGUCAUCAAGUCAACCAGCGGCUCAGCCCAGGUGGGUUUGCUUCCACAGGGCGUUCGUCUGUUGCGUUCCCCCGCGGUUCCUCAGCCCUCGUCGGAUGCUUUUACCUUCCCCCAGACUGCAUGUCCCCUGGAGCAGAACUUCCUUGUGGAGGAUGUCAGCACACCCAAAGUGAAUGGCUGCCUUCUGGACCCCCUUCCUCCCUCUACUGUCCUCCGCAAGUCCUCCACUUCGUCACCUAGCAACAUGAUGGAGACCUCGAUUGACGAAGGCAUUGAGACUGAGGAGCCCGACACGGAGGACGACACGCCCCACCUUCUCUCAGCCUAUCAGACGACUCGAUUUGGCCAGAGGCGGCACACCUUAUCUGAAGUUUCCAACCCGCCUGGGCCUUCAAGCCAAGGUAAAUAUUUCACUUUAGGCCACAACACCUCCAUGGGCAGCGUGGACUCGGACAUUGGCUACGAUAUGGGCUCCGUGCACAGCGACCUCAGUCUGCUGGAGGACGCGCCCUCCCUCAGUGAGGUGGUACCAUCCAACAGCUCUGCUCCUGGCAUAGCUGCACCUUUUCUGAGUGCCAGGCCACCCAACCCAGCAAUGGCUGCCCUGACUUCUCAGCACAGGGAGGCGCACAACCGAUCCCCGAUAAGCUUCCGAGAAGGACGCCGCGCCUCUGACACCUCCCUCACCCAAGGCCUGGUGGCGUUUCGGCAGCACCUCCAAAACUUGGCAAGGACCAAAGGCAUCCUGGACCUCAACAAAGUCCAGAUGCUGGUGGAGCAGAUGGGCUCUGUGGAAGGGGCCAGCAUGGGGCCUCUGGGACCACAGCAACACUUGCACAACCUCCUGGAGGGCGAGGCAUGCAAGCAGCAGGAGGGCCUAGCUUUAUACCACGGUGGGCUGCAGCCCCCCCUUCUCUCCCGCAGACAGAGUUUGGAAACACAGUACCUCACCCACAGACUUCAGGCUAACAUCCUGGCUAACAGCCCUGCGAGCUGCCAACUUUUCUGCAAGGAGACGCCGAGAAGUUUAGAGCAGCAGCUACAGGAACACAGGCUGCAUCAGAAGAGGAUGUAUCUGCAGCAGCACCAGUCACAGGGCAUGGGACUCCAGGCCUACUUCAACCAGAUGCAGAUAGCUGAGGGCUCCUACGCCCCAAGCGGCCCCAUCCUGGAUCCAUCAGCCGCCCAGAACUCCCCCCAGGCCCCCUCCAUGUCGGCCCCCCACCAGCCUCAGUCCCAGCAGCAGGGCAGUCCCCAAGCCUCACCCCCUUUCAGCCACACCCACAGCUUGAGCCCUUUGAUGGAACCCGGCGAGGGCCUGGUUUACGACCCGUACAUGAGCCACCACCACCCUUACACCCAACAGCUGCCCCCCGGAGCUCACCUCAUGCACCACCCACUCCACCAUCAGCAUUCUCUGGAGGCCCCUGUUGGCGGCUUGGGCUUCAGCUACCCAGCAGGCUGUGAUCCACAUUCCCCUGGUCCUUCCGCUGAGGCUCUCCUGCCAGAGCAAUACGAGUUCUCCAUGGACGCCAGCCUGCUGCCUCAGCCUGGUCCAGGGGAGGCAGACGCUGGAGGCCCCGUGGCAGCGCAGACAGACGGCUUAGGCAUGCCUAAACUGCAGGCGUCCCUCCUGGACAGUGAAAUGAUGGAGACCGUGGACUCGCAGCAUGGCUUCGUGCUGGUCAACUAAAGUCAGCUCAGGGGGUUAAUCCAGCAGUAUUAAGCAAUGAGACGGCAUCCAUAGCAGAGGCAGCAGAGGUAGAGGUGGAGACCUCAGGCGUAGCAGCUGGGAAGGAAGUGUUGUGUUUCGUACAACUUCUACAGACUCCAUUUCUCUGUUGUGAUAGACGUUGACCUUCUUUCCCGCCAAAAUCCUCCCGUGAUAUACCUCGCUGUCUCCCUCUCCUCUAACCUUGUUCUCAUCUGCCACGCAGUGCAGGACACUUCCGACGCUUCGCACAAUGUGAUCUAAGCUGUGCUGAUUUGACGAAGCUGCUUCUGUCCUGUUGGCGGCGGCACCGCCGGCAGCUGCAGCGCCGCGUCGCAGUCCCAGGGGUGAGGUCGUACCACCCAGAGGCUGCCGAAGUGCAGCGCUGCACCUAGAAAUAGUUUGAAAACAAACUGAUUGUCUGAGUGGAAAACAAAAAAAAAGCACAAAGUCUGGCUUUGCUUUUCCAGUUUGUGAGAAAUGGCAGAAGAACGGACGAGAAAGAAGUGAGAGAAAAUGUCCCUCAUUUAUCACGGUACCAUGAACAUCACACGAUGAAAUGUUGCUUUGGAAAAGAAUGCACUAUGAAACGGUUUUACUCUAGUCCUGCACAACACUAUUCCCUAAAUCACCCAGGUAACAUUUGUAUGUGCUGAAACAGAAACAGCUACUCUAUUUUUUUUUUUCCAACAGUAAGCUAGUUUUCAGAUUGACAGCAGUACCCAUGCAGCCUGUCUGACUUUUCUUUUCUUCAUUUUUAUAAAUCUAACUACUGAUCACAGCUGAUUUCCUACACUACUGAUGGCACACAGUCCAGGUUUGCAGACCAAUGCUUGUUUUUUUUUUUUAUGGAAGCACCUGCAGACCUGUUAACCGUUCAGGUGUGGCUCAUGUUUACCUGAUAAAUGAGGGCUGAUGUGACAGACUUUUUUUUUUAGGGUGAGAAGUUGUGGUUUAAUAAUUUGUCAUGCUGUUUCUGUGGCAAUACUGAAGCAAUAUUAAUCCUUUACGUGCCAGAAUCGUGAAUGAACGUAUAACAGCCCGGCUCCUGAUUGGUCCUCAGGGGAGCUGAUGAUGUAACCGGGAGAUAAUGUGGCCCUGGAAAGUGCAGAGAUGAGCCUGAAAACAUCUUUAUGGACAGUACUGUGCAAAAGUACUUUGUAUUUAAAAAAAAUUUUUUUUGUUUCUUAAAAGAUGUAUUAAAAAACAUUUCUAUUUAUUAACUUCAGAGAAAGUUCAGGAAACCACUGAUGACGAAAUCAAAGUGAAACCCGAUGUGAGCAUCCUUUGCUUUUUUAGCAGCAUCACUUCUCUUAGUUUGCUUUUAGGGUACGAAGUUCUUCGGUUUAGCUUAUUUGUGUAUGUGUGUAAAUCUUUGCCAUCACAGCCGCUUCUAAGUCCGAACUUUCCUUAAACUGAGGUCAGAGGUCGGUGCUGCGAAAAGACUGAAAAAGUUGUUAGAAUUUCAAUUCAAAUGUCAAAUGGCAACACAACAAUGACGAUCCUCCACUUGUAUACGUGAAAAGAAGAACACAUUAGCCAGAUCUAAGGCAUGGUGAGCUUUAUGGUACAGCAAAUACAACAGGAAGUGUGAGGCGGGGACAGUUUUUGGAGGCGGACACUCCUGAUCGGGGUUUGUGGUGACGCCUCCAAACCUGAAGCGCUCACCGGGUCACAUGUCAGAGCAGGAGGGGGAACAAAAAAGAGAAGGUUUGUAUUGUUGGUCACUUUAGAUGCUUAUCCCCUUAAGCACUUCUCUACAAAUCACUUUUGCACAGUGUUGUGUGUGGAGAAGUGUGUUUGCACUCCCCCCCCCCAUUUAUAAAAUAAUUUAUUUGAUUAAAAAAAACACUUUUUUUUAUGAAUCUAGGACUCUUGACCUGCAAUUGAGCAUUUUCUUUCUGGUUUACAUCGUCAGCACUCCUGUUGUGUUGCAUACAUUUGUUGUUUUUUAACAGAGUAGGGACUCCCAGCAUUAGAUUUGGUGAGAGGGCGUUUCCUCUGGGACAUUUUGGCUGCCGUGACGUAAAGACGGCGGGACAUCAGAACACCGUACACUGGAUCUUAACAGCUUUCUCUGUUAUGACAGCAACCAGAAGAUGUUUUUUUUUUUUUUCUGCCUCUUCUUCUUUUAACAGCACUUAAACUGUGUGAAAGCUGCUUGAAGCACACAGGGAUAACUAUGUCUCUGACACGAUGUAUCAAAACUAAAAUGCACCCAGUUGGAAUGACCAGUUUGACCUGCUGUAGUUGGGGAUAAACGGUGUGUAGACGGAUGGGUCUGCAGUGUUUAAACGGAAGGUCGGGGUUGGAGGUGUUAGUAAAGACUGAGCCCACACCGUCACUUUUUAUUGGACAAAAAGGAAAUGUGGACCAAGUGUGUGGCUGCAGUCUUGUUCAGGAAUCCAGAGGACAUCAUCAGUUCCAUCAUCCCCCCCUCAGGCAAAUCCUCCUUAAACUGCAUCAACACAGUUGCUCCUUAUGUACCUUUUUACACUCACCUGAUGUUGGCAGAAGUGCUAGACAUCAACACGAGCCUCGGUGACUGAGAGACAGCCUUGUGGUCGCAUCAACACUUCCCCCUUUCCGUUCGAAAAACCCUUCAUCUGAACUGGUGACGUUGACACGGUCAGACGGUGGAAGGCGAGAGCGUUUGGCAUGUGGUCGGGCUACAGACCUGCAGGACGAGCUGUGGAAGUUGAAUACUGGAGCACUUUGACAAUACGGGGAAGAAGAGAUGUAGCGGAAGAGGAAGAGGCAGUGGAGAAAGGCGGGACGUUUGCCCUUCUCCUGGCGGAUCAAACGGACUGCAGCGUGUUAGGAAAACGCCUUUCUCUCUCUCUUCCUCACCAAUAAUGGACACAAAGCAGAUUUCUUUCAAAGAAAGACCAGACAGAGUUCCAUUUGAUUUGAUUAUUUGAAUCCAAGGUAAAGUAACACUUUUCAGUUUAUUAUGAUGAGUGUUCUUUGUACAGAUUGUAGUGGAUCCUCACGCUCCACUGAGGCGAUUUGUGUUGACUAGUGUUCAGUGUGCCUUUUUACUUUUCAUACUUUUAUUCUAGAUUAAGACUCUGAAUAGCUCCAUUACUCCUGGUUGGACCCUUUUUUUUUCUAAAUACUUUCUUUCGUUUCUGUAUUUUUUUUUCUUUUACUCUGGAAGUUAAGUUUAGUCGGGUUUUACAAAGGUACAAAACCAAAGUCCCUCAGGAGUUUUCCCGUACCACCCACCAUGUGGAGUCUGUGGAGCUUCUCUGUCAGCUUCUCUUUCCAUGCUUUCUUCUGGUCGGUCAAUCAGUGUAUGCCAUUUCAAAGUAUUAUAGCAAUAUUUCUCUAGUUGAAGACAUACAUCGAGAUUCUAGUGGAUGUGUUUCCAGGUAUCAUAAUUUCAGUACCUGCUGAUAAAACGACAAAAAUCCAAUCAAUAGAAAUCCAGUUUUCUAUCUACCUUCAUUGAUGUUGACCACACAUAAGCUAAUUUGCUGUUGAGAUUAAAAAGGGUUUAUUGAACAGAAAA